GUAAAGCUGGCACGUGUCACUGUACUGUUACUGCAGGUAUCCAGAGCACACCGAAUGUGACAUCAGGGUAUAUAAUUCUUGCCAGAACUAAAUCCCCUUCUUUUCAUAUAUUCCUUGCUAGCUUGUUAAGCAAAACCAGAUCAGAAUCACUCAGCUCUUCCUUCCUUUUCCUAUAUUAAAAGAGACAGAGAGAGAGAGAGAGGUAGCUAUAUACUUACAAGAACAGACAGAAAAAAAUGGCAGAUUGGGGGCCUGUGGUAAUAGCAGUGGUGCUGUUUGUGCUGUUAAGUCCUGGAUUGCUAAUCCAGUUGCCUGGAAAAGGCAGAAUUGUGGAGUUUGGGAAUAUGCAGACAAGUGGGAUAUCUAUACUAGUUCAUACAAUCAUCUUCUUUGCUCUUAUCACCAUCUUCCUUAUAGCUAUUGGUGUUCAUAUUUACACAGGAUAGUUCAUCACCCUUUUCAAAGCUUGUUUUGUUUUGUUCACUUGUACUGUCUGAUUCUCUUGUGUUUUGUUACUAUGGGCUUUAAUUUUUCUUAAUUUUAGUGUACUUUCAUGUGUUGUUAAAUACUCGUUUUCUAAUUAAUAAGAGGUUCAAAAUUCUGAAUUGGAUUAA